AUGUUUAAGAAAGACCUCCAAACCGCUCCCAAGCAAAAACUCAAGUCGUCUGUGCAGCGCUCGCUGCGCCAGUCCCUCCUGACCACCUACCCGCUGCUCACCCCGCACAUUGACGAGGUGCUGCCGAAAAAGGCCUCGCUGUCGUCGAUCAAGCUGCCCGACCGCAACACGCUCUACGUCGUCGACUCGGUCACGCCCCUGUUCUUCCAGCAGGACGCCGCCGGCCUGGUGCCGCACCUGCGCCUUGUGCACCGCUUCCCCCGCGCGUUUCCCUCGGUCCGCAUCGACCGCGGCGCUAUCCGCUUCGUGCUGUCCGGCGCGACCCUCAUGGCGCCGGGGCUGACGUCCGCGGGCGGCCGCCUGCCGCCUGACGGUAGCCCCAAGGGCCUCGAGGAGGGCAAGGAGCUCGAGCAGCACGUGGACGAGGACGGGCGGUGGAGCAGGGAGUUGGUCAAGGGAGAACCGGUCGUCAUCAUGGCCGAGGGAAAGGAGGAGGCGUGCGCUGUGGGAUUCUUGGUCGAGGGCACGGCCGAGGUCAAGGCCAAGGGCAAGGGGCCGGUCGUCGAGGAGGCUCAUUUUCUGGGUGAUGGUCUGUGGAAUCUGGUCCUGGAUUAA